AUGGAAGCGAGCCAUGAACUUGUUUUCUUCGUCAAUGGACGCAAGAUUGUGGAGAAAAAUGUGGAUCCGGAAUUGAACCUUAUAACCUAUCUGAGGAGAAAAUUGGGUCUAACCGGAACCAAGCUCGGCUGUGGAGAAGGAGGAUGCGGCUCUUGUACUGUGAUGGUCUCCAAGUAUAGCCCUCUCGAAAAGAAGAUCCUACACAUCGCUAUCAAUGCCUGCCUUGCACCACUGUGUUCCCUGCACCAUGCCGCUGUGACCACGGUGGAAGGAAUUGGCAGCACCACCACUCGGAUUCACCCGGUCCAGGAACGGAUAGCCAAAUCCCACGGCUCCCAGUGUGGAUUCUGCACCCCCGGAAUUGUCAUGUCCGUGUACACUUUAUUACGGAACAACCCGGAUCCCACGAUGGAGGAGAUUGAAGACACCCUCCAAGGAAACCUGUGUCGAUGUACAGGGUACAGAGCCAUCCUCGAGGGAUUAAGCACCUUUGCUAAAAUGUCACCCAGGCUUUUCGAACCAUCAGAGUUUAAACCUCUGGAUCCCACUCAGGAGCCGAUCUUCCCCCCAGAGCUCCUGUUACUUCAGGAGUCACCUCGAGACACAUUGAUCUUUAAAGGCGAGCGAGUCACUUGGAUUCAGCCGACAACCCUGAACGAACUGUUGGUCUUGAAGGGCAGAUACCCAGAUGCCAGACUUGUGGUUGGCAACACUGAAGUAGGCAUCGAAAUGAGGAUGAAGAACAUGUUGUACCCAAUAAUCUUGGCUCCGGCUCAGAUUCCUGAGAUGAACUUCAGCCGCCACACUGAUACGGGGAUAAUGUUUGGGGCUGCCUGUAAUCUGGCCUAUAUUGGGAGUGUGCUGAAAAAGGCUGUAAACCAGCUUCCCAGCUACAAGACUGAGGUUUUCAAGGCCGUAUUGGAACAGCUAUGUUGGUUCGCAGGACAACAGGUCCGGAAUGUUGCUGCUGUCGGAGGGAACAUCAUGACCGCCAGUCCUAUCUCAGACCUCAACCCUGUGUUCAUGGCCUCUGGCUGUUUGCUGACUUUGUCCUCCGAAGGUGGCAACCGUGUUGUGCGAAUGGAUGGAGAUUUCUUCACGGGCUACAGGAAGACUGUGGUGAAGCCUCAGGAAGUAUUGAUUUCCAUCGAGAUCCCCUACACAAAGAAGGGGGAGUACUUGUCAGCGUAUAAACAGGCCCAAAGAAGGGACGAUGAUAUCGCAAUCGUGAACUGCGGGAUGAGAGUGGCUUUCAAGGAAGGCACCGACAUUGUGGAAGAGUUGGGACUGAGUUACGGAGGCAUGGCUCCUACCACUGUGUUUGCGAAGAAGACGUGUGAACUGUUGCUUGGAAAGAAAUGGAAUAAGACGUUGCUACAGGAGGCCUGCUCACUGCUCGCAGGGGAACUCACUCUCUCGCCCUCUGCCCCCGGUGGCAUGGUUCAAUUCCGACGUACCUUGACCCUCAGCUUCUUCUUCAAGUUCUACCUCAGCGUCCUCCAGAAGCUCGGGCAAGACUUCCAGAACGUACGUAGCUCUGACCCUCCGCUCACUCCCGAUUACGUCAGUGCCACGGAAUUAUUCCACAAGGAUCCACCUUCAGCAGUUCAACUGUUCCAGGAAGUGCCUCCUGACCAGUGCUCCAUGGAUGUGGUCGGACAGCCACUGCCCCAUCUGUCAAGCCUCAAACAAGCCACCGGCGAGGCCCUUUACUGUGACGACCUGCCCUGCUUCGAGAAGGAGCUCUACCUGGCUCUGGUAACCAGCACUGAAGCUCACGCCAAGAUAAGUUCAAUUGAUACAAGUGAAGCCCUGAAGGUUCCUGGAGUCACGCACUUCCUCACAGCCAAGGAUGUCCCUGGGAGCAACCAAACGGGGCAGAUCUUAAUGGAUGAGACAGUGUUUGCUGAUGGAGUGGUCACUUGUGUCGGACACGUCAUUGGGGCAAUUGUUGCUGACACAGAGAUUCAUGCCCACACAGCUGCGAAAGCAGUAAAGGUCACGUAUGAGAAGCUUAAACCUAUCAUCACCAUUCAGGAUGCAGUCGCCCAUGAAUCGUUCCACUUGCCUCCGAGGAAAAUUGAGAAUGGAAACAUCGAUCUUGGAUUUGCAGAGUCAGAUGACAUAAUUGAGGGAGAAAUGUACAUUGGCGGCCAGGAGCACUUUUACCUGGAGACGCAGUGCACUGUGGCGAUACCCAGGGGCGAAGACGGUGAAAUGGAACUCUUUGUGUCAACCCAGAGCCCUUCUCAGAUCCAGACCCUCGUUGCUAAUGCACUGGGUGUCCCCGCCAACAGGAUUGUUGUUCGGGUGAAGAGGAUAGGAGGGGGCUUCGGGGGCAAGGAAACACGCAGCUGGCUGCUGUCUACCGUCAUCGCAGUCGCAGCUCACAAGACAAAGCGACCUGUUCGAUGUUCAUUGAACCGUGAUGAGGACAUGUUGGUGACUGGUGGAAGACAUCCUUUUCUGGGCCACUACAAGGUCGGAUUUCAGAAGAACGGGAAGAUUGUAGCUUUGGAUCUCAAGCUCUACUGUAAUGCUGGAAAUAGCCUGGACAUUUCAUCUGCUGUCAUGAAUCGAGCCAUAUUCCACAUGGACAACGCAUACAAAAUCCCCAACGCACGCGUGAUCAGCUACAUCUGCAAGACCAACCUGACUUCCAACACGGCGUUCCGCGGAUUUGGAGCGCCGCAGGCAAUGCUGAUCGCGGAGUGCUGGAUGAACGACAUUGUUGCAAAGUGUGGGCUGCCUUCUGAGCAGGUGCAGAGGCUCAACCUGUACCAGGAAGGAGACAUCACCUCCACCAAUCAAAAGCUGGAAGCAGUCAAUAUCAUAAAAUGUUGGGACGAAUGUUUGGAGAAUUCAUCUUUCCACAGCAGGAGAAAAGCAGUGGAUGAUUAUAACAGGCAGCAUUGCUGGAAGAAGAGAGGGCUGGCCAUUAUCCCAACCAAGUUCGGGAUAAGCUUCAAUGCCAUAUUCUUGAAUCAGACAGGAGCUUUGGUCCACAUUUACACUGAUGGCUCAGUCCUUCUGACUCAUGGUGGGGUUGAGAUGGGACAAGGCCUCCACACAAAAAUGGUUCAGGUUGCCAGUAAGGCUCUGGGAAUUCCAGUUUCUCGGAUUCACAUCUCAGAGACCAGCACUAACACUGUCCCGAAUACCAGUGCGACAGCGGCUUCUGUCGGAUCAGAUCUAAAUGGAAUGGCUAUUUUAAACGCAUGCCAAACCCUUCUGGAGAGACUCCAACCAUUUAAACUCGCCAAUCCGAAGGGGACCUGGGAGCAAUGGAUUUCUGCAGCCUAUAUGGAGAGAGUGAGCCUGUCAGCAGCUGGAUUCUACAGGACUCCUGAUCUGAACUAUGACUGGGAUAAGAACGAAGGAAGGGCGUACAAUUACUACAGUUAUGGUGUGGCUUGCUCAGAGGUUGAAAUUGACUGUCUCACUGGCGAUCACAAGAACCUGCGCACUGACAUCGUCAUGGACGUGGGGAAUAGUCUGAACCCAGCUGUGGACAUUGGUCAGGUGGAAGGAGGCUUCAUGCAGGGUCUCGGGUAUUUUACCCUGGAGGAACUACGGUACUCACCAGAGGGUGUCCUGUACACCCGUGGACCCGGAGCAUACAAGAUUCCAUCAGCUGGCGAUAUCCCAAUGCAACUCAACGUAUCUCUCCUCCGGGAAUCCCCGAACAGAAAAGCCAUCUAUUCUUCCAAGGCUGUUGGAGAGCCCCCUUUAUUCCUAGCUGCCUCCGUUUUCUUCGCAAUCAAAGAUGCCAUCUUUGCAGCGAGAGCAACCUCUGGGAAGACAGGCCCCUUUCGCCUCAACAGCCCAGCAACACCAGAAAGAAUACGGAACGCCUGCAUUGACAACCUGACCGAGAUGUGUCCUCCCGCAGAUCCAGGGACCUUUACACCUUGGAAUAUUGAAGUGUAA